CCCAUCCCAAAAAAAGGAUCUAAAACCGACCCUUACAACUACAGGCCUAUAGCUCUGCUUUCUGUUAUAAGUAAAGUGAUGGAGAGGUGCAUAAAUCGCGAACUUCUGGACUACCUCGAACGUCACAGCGUGAUUAGCGACAGGCAGUACGGUUUCCGGCACCAACGAUCCACAGGGGACCUCCUAGCUUACGUCACGCAACUGUGGAGUAAACUCAUCCAGUCUCAUGGUGAGGCUCAUGUCGUUGCUCUUGACAUCACGAAAGCGUUCGAUCAGCUGUGGCACGCUGCCCUCUUGAGCAAACUUCCAUCCUCCGGCCUCCCAGAAAAGCUUUGCAGAUGGGUGGCUGACUUUCUCUCUGGCCGCAAGAUAUCCGUCGUAAUUGACGGAUUCUCCUCUUCAUCCCACAACGUCAACGCGGGUUUCAAUGCUUCCAAAACACAGUACUGUACUUUGACGAACAAAAAGCGUCCUAGCGCUCAUACAGUUUUGAUGGACGGUCGAGUUCUACCAAAGAGCCAUUCAUUUCGGCUGGUGGGAGUCCAGAUCACCGAGGACCUGAUCUGGCACGAACACAUCUCUUCAAUAGCUGCAGCUACUGGGAAAAAGCUAGGCUAUUUGUUUAGGGCUAAGAAGUACUUUUCUCCGCAUGACCUUCUCACUCUAUACAAGGCCCAGAUAAGGCCUAGCCUCGAGUAUUGCUCACACAUUUGGGGUGCUGCCGCCCCGACUACAUUGUCCAUGCUCGAUGCUGUCCAGAGGAGGGCGGUCCGACUGAUCGAUGACUCUUCCCUAACAGACAGUCUCGGGACUCUUUCGCACCGGCGGGCCGUCGGCGAUCUAGCUCUUUUCUAUCGCUACACCAACGGGCUUUGCUCCUCAGAGCUCUCUUCGAUGAUGCCGCCGCGCGAUGUGCCUUCCAGACAGACCCGCCUGACUUCGGCGUCCCAUCCUAACCGUGUCAAACUUUGUACAUCCAGAACUGGCCGAUACGACCGCUCCUUUGUCCCGAGGGUGUCUAGAUUGUGGAACAAUCUACGGGAGGAAGCUUUUCCCAGUUCUACUAACCUUAGGCAAAAUGUGAAAUUUCCAGCAUCCAUCAUUUUAGAAGAAUUGCUUUUACCAGUGAUGGAAGAAUGUUUGACAUCCGGCCAAGAUUUCGUGUUUCAGCAAGAUGGUGCAGCGUGCCAUACCUCAAAAAAGGCUAUAAAAUGGAUGGAAGAAAAUAAUGUACCACUUUUGAAAUGGAAUUUCAGUCGUAAUAAAAAAUAA